AUGACACGCUCAACAACGGCGUCCCAGGACGAGUUAUUCCACCCCAGUAAGUCUCAGGUGCGAAAAUGCAGCUUGUCGAAAGCGGGCUACGAGGACCCGGCGGAGCCUCCGAGGAGGUCCACGGUUCGCCUCCUCAUGCACAGCUCGGCGAUGUUUGGAAGGGAGUUCUGCUACGCUGCUGAAGCGGCUUUCGUGACCCCACUGCUGCUAAGUGUCGGACUGCCCAGUAGCCUCUACAGCACCGUGUGGCUCAUCAGCCCCAUUUUGGGCUUUGUCUUGCAACCUAUCGUCGGCUCAGCGAGUGACUACUGCCGGUCCAGAUGGGGCAGGAGGAGACCCUACAUCUUAGCCAUAGGAAUCCUACUCGUGAUAGGAAUGAGCCUAUUUCUUAACGGAGAAUCGCUGGUGACAGCAAUCGUAAGUAACAGAAGGCAGAGGAAAAUUUGGGGAAUCCUCAUUACCGUCUUCGGCGUGGUCGUUUUUGAUUUCUCCGCAGACUUCAUCGACAGCCCCAUCAAAGCCUAUCUGUUUGAUAUCUGUUCCCACCGGGACAAAGAGAGGGGCUUACAGCUUCAUUCGCUGUUCACUGGCAUUGGAGGUGCUGUAGGCUACCUAGUAGGUGCUAUAGACUGGAUGACCACUCCUCUAGGACGUGCUUUAGGAUCUGAAUAUCGAGUUAUUUAUGUUUUUGCAGUAGUUAUUUUCAUCAUAUUUCUAACAAUUCACCUAUGCAGCAUACCAGAAAUUCCCCUUGGUCAAGAAGUAGAUCACGCAGAAUCAUAUUUGCUGGGAAAUAAUACCACUGGAUAUGGAUCUAUUGAUAACCAUAAGAAUGAUUCUCAUGAUCCAUGUGCUGAUACAACUUUGUCACCGGGGAAAGAAAUGGAAAAUGGUUCACUUAUUCCCUGCAAUAAACCAGAGGAUGAUAAGGUACCAAGGCGAAUGAACCUAAAGUCCUUGAUUAAAACCCUGCUCAAUCUGCCUCCUCAAUACCGUUCCCUGUGUAUUGGACACCUCUUUGGGUGGACAGCAUUUCUCUCCACCAUGCUCUUCUUCACUGACUUCAUGGGACAGAUUGUGUAUGCUGGUGAUCCAUAUGCUGAACACAACACUACAGCAUACAUUAUCUAUGAGCGAGGUGUUGAAGUGGGAUGUUGGGGCUUGUGCAUUAAUGCAAUUUUCUCAGCAAUAUAUUCAUAUAUACAGAAGAUCAUUAUGCCAGUCAUUGGAUUGAAAGGAUUGUAUUUUUUGGGUUAUUUUCUGUUUGGUCUUGGAACGGGAUUGAUUAGCCUCUUUCCCAAUGUUCACUCCAUCCUGGUCCUUUGUUCAAUAUUUGGAGCAAUGUCAAGUACGCUUUACACCGUUCCCUAUAACUUGAUAGCUGAGUACCACAGACAAGAAAAGAUUGAAAAAGCAAAGAAUGGACCAGCCUCUGGUGAAGACAGGGGGAAAGGUAUCGACUGUGCUGCUCUCACCUCCAUGGUCCAGUUGGCACAAAUCAUAGUCGGGGCAGGAAUUGGGGCUCUGGUUAACAUGGUUGGCACCGUGAAGGUGGUAAUGAUCGCUUCAUCCGCCAUCUCCUUUAUGGGCUGUUGCUUCGUUGCAUUAUUUGUUCAUUAUGUUCACUCAGAUUAAUGCAGAUUAUGAGUGAUGAUAGACACAAAAUGCUGGAGUAACUCAACG